AUUUUGUCACCUCAAUCAUAUGAGAAAUUUUCUUCCUUCUGAAAAAUCAAUCAAACAUUCAGUUUCUGAAAAUCUUCUUCCAAAUUAUGAGUAUCUUAACCAAACAAUUACAAACUAAAUGUUGCCGAAAACUCAAAAACACCAUCAUCGUCAGAGCCAUAACAACAUCUACACAAAUGCUGCAAAGUGACUAUGUUUACAUUAACAAUCGCCAAAUCGAUGCUUUUAUAAAAUCAAAUAACCCAAACUCAGCACUUGAUCUUUUCCACAACAUGCAAAUCCGUGACACUGUCACCUACAAUUUACUCAUUUCAUCCUCUUGCUUGCCACCCAAGAAAGCUUUUCAACUUUAUUCCGAAAUGGGGUUGUAUAGAAUAAGAGAAACCGCGACUACGUUUGCUUCUGUUGUAGCUCUUUGUACAAAUAAUGGGUUUUGUAGAGAAGGUUCUCAGGUUCAUUCUAGGGUUGUAAAGUUUGGAUUUUUGAAUAAUGUGUUUGUUGGUGGUGCACUUGUUGGGUUCUAUAUGAAUCUUGGGCUAAGUGGGGUUGCACUGAAGUUGUUUGAUGAGUUGUCAGAGAGAAAUUUGGGUGUGUGGAAUGUGAUGUUUCGUGGGUUUUGUGAAAUGGGUUGUGUGGAAGUUGAAGAGUUGCUUGGAUUUUACGCUAGGAUGUGUUUUGAAGGUGUAGAAGCAAAUGGGGUUACUUUUUGUUAUUUGCUUAGGGGGUGUAGUAGUAAGAGAAGGUUUCAUGAAGGGGAGAUGAUUCAUAGCUGUGUUUUGAAGAUGGGUUUUGUGGAAUAUAAUGUUUUUGUUGCUAAUGCUUUGGUGGAUUUUUACUCUUCAUGCGGGUGUUUCGUUAGUGCAAGGAAGUGUUUUGAAGGGAUAAAGGUUGAGGAUGUUAUUUCGUGGAAUUCUAUGGUUUCUGUUUAUGCUGACAAUAAUUUGGUAAAUGAUGCUUUGGAGUUUUUUAAUUUUAUGCAAAUGUGGGGUCAUAGGCCAUCAGUUCGUUCGUUCAUCGGUUUCUUGAAUUUGUGCAGUAGAAAUAAAGAGAUUGGUUUGGGGAAGCAGAUUCAUUGUUGUGUUAUGAAAUUUGGUUUUGAUGAAAGGAGUGUGUAUGUUCAAUCUGCUUUGAUAGACAUGUAUGGAAAAUGUUUGGACAUUCAGAGUUCUGUGAAUGUAUUUGAAUGGCUUCCUAAGAUGACAUUGGAAUGUUGUAACUCAUUGAUGACAUCUUUGUCUCAUUGCGGUUGUGUUGAAGAUGUGGUGGAAUUGUUUGGUUUAAUGGUUGAUGAAGGUCUUAUGCCAGAUGAAGUAACCGUCUCGACGACACUGAAGGCGUUAUCGGUGUCUGCUUCAGCAAGUUUUACUAGCUCUCAGUCACUGCAUUGUUUUGCAUUGAAAUCUGGUGUUGAAGGAGACACCACGGUUCUGUGUUCUCUUAUGGAUGCAUAUUCAAGAUGUGGACAUUGGGAACUUUCUCAUCGGAUAUUCGAGACCAUUCCAACACCAAAUGCUAUUUGCUUCACUUCAAUGAUCAAUGGUUACGCUCGAAAUGGGAUGGGGAAAGAAGGACUUCUGUUGCUUCAUGCUAUGAUUGAGAAAGGCGUAAAACCGGACGAAGUUACCUUCUUAUGCGCAUUAACAGGGUGCAGUCACACUGGACUGAUCCAACAAGGGAGAAUACUCUUUAACUCGAUGAAAUCUCUUCAUGGUGUCCACCCAGAUCGGCGACAUAUUUCAUGCAUGGUGGAUCUUUUAUGCCGUGCAGGACUUCUACAUGAAGCCGAAGAGUUUCUUCUAAAGGCUCAAGGAAAAGGAGACUGUUUUAUGUGGAGCUCUUUGCUCCAAAGUUGCAGGGUUUACAAGAAUGAAGAGGUUGGAACAAGAGCAGCACAAAUGUUAGUUGAUCUACACCCAAAUGACCCUGCAGUGUGGUUGCAAACUUCAAAUUUUUACGCUGAGGUAGGAAAAUUUGACGAAUCAAGACAACUAAGAGACGUCGCUCUAGCAAGGAAGAUGUCUAGGGAGAUUGGUUGUAGUUUAAUUGAGAUAAGAAAGUGACAGAAGAAAAUAGAGUUUCUGAAUUGAUGAACCAUCUUGAUCUUGCUCAUUAUUCACACAAGAUAAAACACUCAUGGAAAAUUUUUCUAUACUUGUGUUUAUGUUAGUUUUCCUAAGAUGGUAGUGUCUUGUCUAUUCUAGCUAUCCUAAAAUUUAAGGGAAAGGUUUCUUUUUGGAGGAGUUUUUGGUGGGCAUGCCAAGAAAAUGAGGGUAUGCAUUUGUGUUUCCCUUGUUUGGUGUAACAAACUUAAUGAUUCUAUAAGUAGAAAAAUAAUUUCCCGCCCCAUUUUGUGUGUGACAUUGUAUUAUGCAAAAAAAGAUAUAGUUUAGAAUAUGCAAUAAUCAAACUUUCCUAUCUUCAAUUCUCUUUCAG